AUGUAGCAAUACAUUUUCAUCGCUUAAUCUAUUGGAUUAGCCACCCAGGAUUAAGCACCAUGUGAUAUAAUCAAUAUCAACAAGGCAAGAGAGGAAAUACAUCUAAUUUUGACUGAAGCUUUUGCUAGGUAUUCUUGUGAGAAGAGAGAAGUUCUUGAGCUAGUUUUUACCUAGACUUAUUGA